AGAGGAGAAAGAUAGAGAGUAGGGGCAAUGGCAGGAGAGGCGGAAGCAAGCAGCAAGAUCCUCAUCUUUGGCGGCACCGGAUACAUUGGCAAACACAUGGCGAGGGCGAGUGUCUCUUUAGGCCAUCCAACUUACAUUUACGUCCGCCCCGCCGCCGCACCCCGGACCCGACCUUCGAACCUCGACCUCCAUCGCGAGUUCCGCUCAGUCGGCGUCCGUAUCAUCGAAGGAGAGCUAGAGGAGCAUGAGAAGCUUGUGGCAGCACUGAAGCAGGUGGACAUAGUCAUCUCCGCUCUUGCGUGCCCUCAAGUACCUGACCAGCUGAAGAUCAUCCACGCCAUUGUCGCCGCCGGCAACAUCAAGAGGUUUGUGCCAUCUGAUUUCGGAUGUGAGGAAGACAAAAUAACUCCACUCCCUCCAUUCCAAGAAUUAUUGGAGAAGAAGAGGAAGAUCAGGAGGGUCACCGAGGCUGCAGGCAUUCCCUUCACCUUUGUCACGGCGAACUGCUUCGCUGCAUACUUCGUCAAUGUCGUCCUUCAUCCCCACGACCCCCAGGAUGAAAUUGUCGUCUAUGGCAAUGGUGAAGCCAACGCCGUGCUUAAUUACGAGGAAGACAUAGGGAGGUACACGAUCAAGGUGGCAAAUGAUCCGAGAGCGUGCAACCGGGUCGUCACUUAUCGCCCCGAACUGAACAUAAUUUCUCAGCACGAGCUGAUUUCGCUGUGGGAGAAGAAAACGGGUCAUAGCUUCAAGAAAGUCUAUGUGCCCGAGGAAGAUCUGGUGAAGCUCUCUCAAACUCUGCCACCUCCAGAAAACAUACCCGUCUCCAUACUUCACUCGAUAUUCGUCAAGGGAGAUCUGGUGAGCUACGAGAUAAGCGAAGAUGACCUUGAGGCUUCAAGAUUAUACCCGGAAAUGCAGUACACCACCAUUGAUCAGCUCCUCGACAUCUUCCUCACAGAUCCUCCAGAGCCAGCUAGGGCUGCUUUUGAAUGAGAUGAUUCCAUUAAGGUUGAACUUUAGCAGUUCAGCAGUAGUAUAAUGUGCCGAAUUACAACCAAACAUUACAUCGCUUUGGUGAGUUUGAAUGACUGAGUUGAAAUCCUAUAAACUGUUUCUUCUCUUUCC